GAUCUUAUUAUAAGUGAAGAGAAUAUCGCAUAAAACUAUGAACUACUUACAAACAUGAAAGUAUCUGGAGGGGGCAAACUGCGGGCAGACAACAAAAUUGGGUGUCCCAUUGCCCUUACAUUGUCCACUUUCAUAAAUCAUGCUUUUACACCUGAAAUAUUUUAGUAUUAGUCGGCGUAAAACGAAUGAUUUGGCCGUUCUUUCAGGAUUAUAUUUUAACAUCAGUUAUUAAAUAAGAACUCUAAACUCUGGAUAUAAGUAUACAUCCAUCGCGCUAUCAAAAUCAUACAAUUUUUAUAUGAUCUGUCACUAGAAAGACGGUUAGGCUAUGGUAUAAUAAAAUGGUGCCGUAUAUAAAUUAAAAUUUAACAAAUUACUAUGGAAAUGGCAGAAAUGAUGAUAUGAUGCGUGUGCAUGAUGCGUGCUUCUGGUGCCAUAGGUAUUCUGUUCUGUUAUCUCUACGCAGUCAAAUCCAAUAUGGCCGCUAAUGUGGAAAUACAGGCUUUUGCUGCUAUUGAAGAUAAGAGCUAUUUUGAUGAUUUUGACUUGGAAGAUGAGGAUAUGUCGUCUUUCUUAAGAGUAGUAGAUGAUGUCGAGGAGAACUACCGACGAAACCCCCAAAAUUACACGCUUUUCUCAGGUGGAGCGGUUGGUAGUGACCUUUAUUGGCAGAAGAUUGGCGCCAAGUUUGGGAUUCAAACGAAAGCAUUUUCUUUUGAGGGACAUGGUUCUGGUAAUAACAGUGCUAGGGUUAUUCUAUUUCAGCAACAGUUGCAACAAGCAGAUGCGUUUUUGCACAAAGCCAAUAAGACCUUAAAACGAAAUUUUCCAACCAGUAAAACCUUUGUUGAUAAUUUGCUUCGACGUAAUUGGUAUCAAGUUAAAGACACUUCAGCUGUCUUUGGAGUUGGCCGAAUAUGUUACCGUCGAAGCAUAGUCGAAGGUGGGACAGGAUGGGCUGUUCAAAUGGCUAUUGACUCUAAAAAACCCGUAUAUGUGUUUGACGUAUUAAAUUCUACAUGGCAACAAUUUGAUUAUAGAAAGAACAGGUUUCUUGUUUGCGAGGUGCCCAGACUAGCUUUAAAAUUUACUGGUAUUGGAACCAGGUCAUUAACAGAAAAUGGACGAAAGGCCAUUAAGGAUGUAUUUGAGAAUACAUUUGGAAAAUCAUACUGUCAAUAAGCAGUGAAUUUUCAUUCCUUGG